AUGGCGAGAUUACGACGUCCAACUCGCACGACUGUGCACGAAGUUUCGGUACAUCUCGACUCUCCGAUAGUUCAGGUUAGCUGCGGUUCCGGCUGGAGCUGUCUUCAAUGUGAGGAUGGACGAGCUUAUUCGUUCGGGGACAACACAUACGGACAGCUCGGACAGAGUCACGUGCGACCGUACGUUGCUGCGCCGACGCCAUUGUCCUCUCCGUACUGUUUACAACCGCGACGACGUAUAAUUCGUUUGUCAUGUGGAAGUGUCCACGGAGGAUUUGUAUUGGAUGUCGGUGAGCUCUACAUGUUUGGCUGUGGAUCUUACGGACGUUUGGGUACUGGAAAUGAAGCCAACACUAACGUUCCGACACUGGUAGCGAUGAGAUGGUCAGCUCUCCUUGCUGCGAACACAAAGCGUAAACCAACGAACAACUCUACGACGGAUGAAGAUGAAGACAAAGUGCGAUUUAAGGACAUUAGCUGCGGCGACCGACACACGUUGACACUCGCUGUUCGAAUAACGCGAGCUAACUCGGAUAGUUGGAGCACUAGUACGAAGACCAAAACGAGUAUUAUAUCGUUUGGGGAUGGAAUGAAUGGCCGACUCGGUCUGGGAGACGAGAAAGACCAACAUGAAGGAGCUGUGGUGUCGACGUGGCUAGCAGCGUCAAGUGCCCCUGGGAUCGGCAUUCCUGGUAACAAUGGCUACAUGGCACCUCCGACAGUCACUGCUAUCUGCGCUGGCAGUACUCACAACUUAGCUCUCACAGCUAGCGGAGAUGUCUUCUCUUGGGGGAAUGGAGUCGAUGGGCAGCUAGGCCAUGGAGCUGCAGUAAGUGAGUGGGUACCACGGCAACUCGAGUUUUUCAAGGACUUAUCGAUAAGUGACAUUUGCUGUGGGACAUCGGACUCAAUGGCUGUAUCUCGAUCUGGUGUCGUGUAUACGUGGGGGCGAGAGGCUGAAGGACAGUUGGGAAUCGACUUGGAGGAAAAUUCAACUGUCGGCGUGUGGGUCCCGCAUCCUGUAACGAUUCUAAAGAGCGCGACACAUCGAGUCACGGCUCGGAGCAUUGUAACAAAGCACAACAUGUCCUUGGUCCUUGAUGAUAAAGAGCGAGUGUUUGUGUGGGGUGACAACGCUCUUGGACAGCUAGGAAUGCCCGUAUCGGGUAACACUACACUCGGUACAAAGUCGGUUCUUUCCAAACCAAAACAGCUCUCGUACAUGGAUUUGCGUGCUUCCAAACCGGCUGCGUGUAACUUGUCGACUUCGAUAUCAUGUGUUUCAAGCUUGCGUGAGAUUGUGGCCGCAGCGAAACCAGAUCCGAUUCGUCUAGGGUUGACUCAUCUUGAUGCUGGAAAUGGAUUCACCAUGUUUGUGUUCGCGACGAAACCAGGAAUCGGUACUACUACUAACGCUUUUGGUGGUGAAAUAAUUCAUGGCGAACUACAAAGUGUAUUUGCGCCCGGCGAUUCCAAGAAGACGUGA